AUGCCGACCGCCGUCGUGGCUGGAUGCAAUUCUGGCAUUGGUCACACCUUUGCCAGACUGCUCAUCUCUGGGGUAAGCUACGAAGUCAUCGCAAUAGAUUUUGUUGUAGGAGACCAAAUCAAAGAACUUGGAUGUCGCUAUGCUCAACUCGACGUUCGGGCCCCCGAGUCAAUCUCAUCCUUUGUCUCAUCGCUGUCCAGCCAACCAGUUGACAUGCUUCUCAAUGUCGCUGGACUCAUGGCCAAGCACACAGAUGAAUUUCUGGAGUUUGUCAACAGGGAGACCUUGACUCGCAUCUUCGAGACAAACACCUUUGGUCUCACCCAAGCAUUAUCGCCAAACUUGUUGAAGGCCUCGGCUGCAAAAUUCGGCAUUGUGUCUUCGCGUAUUGGCUCCAUCUCCGACAAUCCAACAGGUGGAGUUUACACCUAUCGUGCGUUCAGAGCUGUCGUCAACUCCAUCGGCGAAAGUCUUGCCAUGGAUCUCAAGGACAAAGGUAUCGUUCUCAGUCUACUUCAUCCAGUUAUCGUCAAAACUGCAUUGGAUCCUACCGCUGCUGAUACGCCUGGAGCCGGCAUGCCAGAUGAGGCUGCUACCAAACCUUGGGACGUCUGGCAAGCCUAA